CGUGUAUACGUCACUUCCUCCCCGGAAGACACUCUUUCUGGGGGAACCACUCAAAUUCCUGUCACUGCUCAGACUCCCUCCGUGGUGGAUAUGGCUUUGCCGCCCUACUUCGCCCCAGGUCGCGCAGGCCCUCCGCCUCCGCAGCCGCCGCCUCCCGCUCCCUUCGGCUGUCCGCCACCGCCGCUGCCCUCCCCGGCUUUCCCGCCGCCUCUUCCCCAGCGGCCCGGCCCCUUUCUGGGGGCCUCCGCCCCCUUCCUCCAGCCCCCGCUGGCUCUGCAGCCCCGGGCCCCCGGGGAAGCCUCUCGUGGCGGCGGCGGUGGCGGUAGCGGCGGCGGCGUCUUCUACCCGGUGCCGCCACCGCCCCUGCCUCCGCCGCCGCCCCAGUGCCGGCCCUUCCCGGGGACCGACGGUGGCGAGCGGUCGCGGCCGCCGCCGCCAGGCCCGGGGCCGCCCUGGAGCCCGCACUGGCCUGAGGCGCCGCCGCCGUCCAACGAGCUUGGGGAUGCGGCCCUGCAGCGCCUGCGCGACCGGCAGUGGCUAGAGGCGGUGUUCGGAACCCCGCGGCGGGCCGGCUGCCCGGUGCCUCCGCGCGCGCCCGCCGGGCCCAGUCUGGGCGAAGUGCGCGCACAGUUGCGCGGGGCUCUGCACCUGGUGCGGCGGCUGCGCGACCUGAGCCAGGCCCUGCGCGAGGCCGAGGCCGAUGGCCCGGCCUGGGUGCUGCUGCAUGCCCAGGCUGCGCCGCUGCGCGCCCAACUCGCCGAAAGACUACAGCUGCUGACCCAGGCAGCCUAUGUGGGUGAGGCGCGGCGGAGGUUGGAGAGGGUCCGGCGCCGCCGCCUGCGGCUUCGCGAGAGGGCCAGAGAACGCGAAGCCGAGCGGGAGGCUGAAGCCGCGCGGGCAGUGGAGCGCGAACAGGAGAUUGACCUUUGGAGGGUUAAGUGCGUGCAGGAGGUGGAGGAGAAGAAGCGGGAGCAGGAACUUAAAGCUGCUGCUGAUGGUGUCUUAUCUGAAGUGAGGAAAAAACAAGCAGACACCAAAAGAAUGGUGGACAUUCUUCGGGCCUUGGAGAAAUUGAGGAAGCUCAGGAAAGAGGCAGCAGCAAGAAAGGGUGUCUGUCCCCCAGCCUCAGCAGAUGAAACUUUCGAGCAUCAUCUUCAGCGACUAAGAAAACUAAUUAAAAAACGCUCUGAAUUGUAUGAAGCUGAAGAGAGAGCCCUCAGAGUCAUGUUGGAAGGAGAACAAGAGGAAGAGAGGAAAAGAGAACUAGAAAAGAAACAGAGGAAAGAAAAAGAGAAGAUUUUACUUCAGAAGCGUGAAAUUGAGUCCAAGUUAUUUGGGGAUCCAGAUGAGUUCCCACUCGCUCAUCUCUUGCAGCCUUUCCGACAGUAUUACCUCCAAGCCGAGCACUCCCUGCCAGCCCUCAUCCAGAUAAGGCAUGAUUGGGAUCAGUACCUGGUGCCAUCUGAUCAUCCCAAAGGCAACUCCGUUCCCCAAGGAUGGGUCCUUCCCCCGCUCCCCAGCAACGACAUCUGGGCAACGGCCAUUAAGCUGCAUUAGUAAAGAUGCUCCAAGAUUGUGGUCCAGCCAUGGCUCUUUCCAGCUCUUAAAAACAAGUGAUGCCACCAUCUUCUUAUGCUGUAGACUAAACCACAGCCUCCAAACUCCAUAUGGCAUUGCCCUACCCAGAAGUUACGUUUUCCUUGUGUGCUCUGUCUUGGCCAGAGAUGCCUCUUGAAUCAGGAGAUUAAUAUGGUUCUUCAGGAAAGGACCUAGGUGAACUGGGGUUAUUACAACAGGCAGUGGCCUUGGUUCACCAAAUUUGCCUCUGUUUUGAAGGGGCUUGGUCCAGAGUGACUUGUUCAUUUACUCUCAAUGGCCUUGUGUGUGAUGGGUAAGUAUGCUCAACACAGGCGUGCACUGGGUAGACUUAGCAGCCUUUCCCCUGGUACUGAGUGUGAAGGCAGGCUUGAUGCAAAACCUCCAUAAUCUCCCUACCCAGAGAACUCUGUGACUUCCAGGAGGAAAGGUCAGAAAUGCCUUAUCUUUGGUUUGUGACUCUUGAGAGGCUGCAGGCUGCAGGCGAGGCUGCCAGAAAAGCUUGGUGGAAUCGUCUGAUGGUCCUGCAGAGAACUUGGAAAACCUCUACCCAUAUCAGAUUGUGUUUUAAUGGAUAACGGCUGCAUUUUCCUGUGUUAGUAGGAUCCUAACAAAAACACAUGGUUUUUAAGUUCCCAGAGGUCUAGAGGUUCAGUAUCCCCAUUGAUAGACAUUUAUUCCCUAUGGGAGUGGGACCAUAACCUCACUCAGUCACAUUAUAGGGGCCGGAAUAGCUGUGGAGUUUACUUAGAAACUCAAGCUUCCAGAAGCACCCAUGUAGUUAAAGCAGGGAGGAAAACAGAUACAAAUUAAAUUAAUUUUAUGAUAUUCAUUAAUAAAUAUUGUUGUGCCUGGAAAUGAUCGAUCGUAUAACAUGUCAAGGGUUUUAUUUCAUUUUGCUCUUUGUCAUCUAUUGUGUUAUUUAUAUUUCCAAAAAGCUGAAUAAAUGCCAUUUUUAUUUUUUAGCUUGA